AUGGAGAUCGGGGGAGAGGGACUAGAUCCAGUGAGCCCUACUGGCCACUACUUCAAAAGCUCCGUUUUGUCGAUAUCGAUUCUUGGUGUUUUAGAAUUUGAAAUUCCAAUCGAUGACUCUCAAACUCUAUCAUUGCUUGAGAAUGUGUUUCUCCCCAUCAACUCACGCUUCUCCUCUAUCAUGAUUGAAAACAAUGGAAAGAAGCAAUGGAAAAAGGUUGAAGUGAAGCUUGAAGACCAUGUUAAAACUCCAAUCUUCCCUUCCAACUUGUCAAAUGAAUCACGUGACGAGUAUUUUGAUGACUAUAUCUCAAACAUAGCAACAACAAGAUUUCCAGAAGACAAACCACUGUGGGAAAUUCAUGUUAUAAAGUACCCAAAUAGCAAUGCAGCUGGUAACGUAAUAUUCAAGUUGCACCAUGCGUUAGGUGAUGGCUACUCUCUCAUGGGCGCUCUUAUCUCCUGUCUACGAAGGGCUGACAAUCCUUCGCUUCCACUAACUUUUCCUUCACGACUGCCAUCGAAACCGAAGAGUGAAAAUGUUAUGACCACAACUUUCUCAUGCUUGUUGAACACCAUAUCCGAUUCUUGGUGGGGCAUUUCAAAGAGCAUCGUGGGGGAAGAUGAUCGAUCACCAAUAAAAUCCUCGACCAAUGGACUUGAGUUCGCGCCAAUUACAGUAUCUACUAUGACGAUCUCUCUUGAUCGAAUCAGAUUAAUUAAGAGCAGGCUUGGAGUGACGAUAAAUGACAUUCUUACCGGGAUGGUCUUUCUCGGCGCUCGACUAUAUAUGCAAGAGAUGGACCAAAGCUCAGGGGAAGCGCAUAGCACAUCAUUGGUUUUACUAAAUACAAGGAUCAUGGCGAAUUAUACGUCGAUUGAAGAAAUGAUCAAACCCGACAGCAAGAGCCCAUGGGGAAAUCGUUUUACAUUCUUGCAAGUUCCCAUUCCCAAGUUGACUGAAUUCUCAAAUGUGCUUGACUUCGUCUGGAAGGCACAAAAAAUAAUCAAGCAGAAAAGAAAUUCUUUUGCUACUUAUUUCAUUAGUGGGCUAUUGGAGAUGCUAAACAAGUUUGGAGGCCACGAGGCAGCAUCAAGAUACAUCCGUAGGACAAUAAAGAACUCGAGCAUGGUGAUCACAAAUAUGAUUGGCCCGCUGGAACAAAUGUCUUUGGCAAACCAUCCAAUUAAAGGCUUAUACUUUCUGGUAGUUGGGACACCUCAGGACCUUGACAUAUCAAUCCUAAGUUAUAUGGGAGAGGUGAAGCUUGCCUUCACAAUGAAAAAAGGCAUCAUAGAUCCACAAAAGUUGAAGUUGUGCAUGGAAAAUGCCCUCGAUAUGAUAUUCAACGCCUCAGACAUAAAUUAUAUGCAAAAUAGCACUGAAGAACAGUCACACGUUUGA